AUGAAAGUGGUCCACCAGCCAGACCCCAACUCCAUCAACCUGGUGCUCGAGGACGGCCCGCUUCCCACGCUCACACAUGCCGAAGAUUGCCUGAUUCGCAUCUACACCGCCUCACCCUGCCUCGGUGAGCUGCACUGGGAGGAGAAGUUUCCGUCCCUCUUCGAACCCGGCCGCGAGCGGGUCCCGUGCACCGAGGCCGCCGGCGUCAUCGUCCAGGCACCGCCCCAACCCGACCAUGACACCACGCCCAACGAGCGGGUCUUCAAGGCGGGCGACGAGGUCUUCUUUCGCCUGCAACCGGCCAUGACGGGCAACCUCCGCGAGUACUCGAUCGCCCGCACCUCGCAGAUGGCGCACAAGCCCAGCAGCCUGAGCUGGGUCGAUGCCGGCGCCACGCCCUUGAGCGCACUGACGGCCUGGCAGGGCGUCUUUGACCAGGGCCUCCUGGACCACCGCGGCGUGUUUGGUCACGCGGCCGCGCGCGAGAGCAAUGCGCGCGUCUCCGUCCUCAUAACAGGCGCGGGGGGCGUGGUCGGUUCGUGGGCGGUCCAGCUCGCGGCACUCGCGGGUGCAGGCGCCGUCGUGGCUUACACGGGAGGAUCGUCUGCCGACCACGUCAAGCGCCUUGGCGCUACCGAGGUGAUUGACUAUCGAAAAAGUGAUCUGGCGGAAUGGGUGGCGCAGGAUCCGGAGCGGCGAUCCGUGGACGCCGUCUUGGACUGUGUGGGCGGCGCCACGCUGUCUUCCUGCUGGCACGUCGUCAAGGAUGCUGGUGUUUUGAUCAGCGUGGCGAGCGACCCUGGGCAAAACAAGCCCGCUGCAAUGACAAAGACGCUCUCUGCUUCAAAGUGGUUCCUCGUGAAACCAAAGGGCAGCCAGCUCGCGCUUAUUGCAACGCUAAUGGAACAAGGCAAGUGCAUGACGAAAGUGGAUGGCGUCGUCGAAUUUGAGGACUUUCAGGUUGCGUUUGACAAAGUAGAGAAUAAGACUGCGAAGGGAAAGGUUGUCAUUAAGGUAGCUAAAUUUUAG